AUGGCGUCCUUCAAGGAGCAGUUUACCCUUCAACAACGCAUUGAGCAGGCGAACCGCAUCAAGCAGAAGUACAGCGAUCGCAUCCCACGCCCGGCAAGCCCAAGACAAUCCUCCCCUGCCGUCACGCGGACAAUGGGCGAGAUCUACAAGGAGCACCAAGACGAAGACGGGUUCUUGUACAUGAUCUACGCAAAUGAUGAAGUGUACGGUGGCUGCGAGCAGCAACAGGACAAGUGA